AUGACGAACCGCCGCACGCUUAGCGACGGGAAGCCGCCGCCCGGGCAGUCGCUUUGGACGACAGAUUCGGUUAGCCUGGCGUGUGAGGGAGCGAUAGGGCUGCGCAAGGUGACCUUUGCGUACCCCUCGCGCCCGGACGUGCCCAUCUUCCAGCGCUUCAGCCCCGCCAACGUCCACCACUUCAUCUCCUCGCUGGCCGACGUAAGUGCGCUCGCGCCUCUCCUUCGUCCGUCUCUCUUCCACCCUCCGUCUCUCCCUCUUACCCCUGCUUCUCAGACUGCUUUCCGGCUACGAGUCGCAGGUGUAGGAGCGAGGCACGCAGCUGUCGGGGGGCAGAAGCAGCGCGUGGCGAUCGCGUGGGCUAUUCUACGGAAUCAGCGGGUGGUGCUGCUGGACGAGGCGACGUCGGCGUUGGACGCGGAGAUUGAGCAGGCGGUGCAGGCGGCGCUCGAUGCGCUUAUGGGCGCGCGCACCACGCUCAUCGUCGCCCACCGCCUGUUCACCGUGCGCCGCGCGCACUGCAUCGCCGUUCCAUAA